CCGCGGCCGGCUGAGGCGCGAUGUCCAACGUCCGUCUCUCGAAUGGCAGCCCGACGCUGGAGCGCAUGGAAGCCCGGCAAGCGGACUACCCCAAGCCCUCGGCGUGCCGGAACCUCUUCGGCCCCGUGGAUCACGCGGAGCUGGCCCGGGAGCUGCAGCAGCACAGCCGCGACCUGGAAGCGGCCAGCCGCGCCAAGUGGAACUUCGACUUCCAGCGCGACCAGCCCCUGCGCGGCAGGUACGAGUGGCGAGCCCUGGCCAAGCCCGCCCUGCCCGACUUCUACAGCCGAGCGCCCAGGCGAAGAAGCGCCGCGCCGCGCGCCAAGCCCUCGGGGGGCAGCGGCAACUGCCCGGCGGCGGGCUGCGGGCGCUCCCGGGGAAUCUCCGGGGAGGAGGAGGAGGAGGAGGAGGAGGACGCGGCGGCGGCGGCCGAGCGCGAGGCGGAGGCAGCAGCAGCAGCAACCGGAGCCCAAACGGAUUUCGCGGGCCGCAGCGCGGGGCAAAGGAAGCGACCCGCCUCGGAUGAUUCCUCUCCUCAAAACAAAAGAGCCAACACAACAGAAGAGCCGAUUUCAGAAGACUCUCCCAGUGCCAGCUCAGUGGAACAAACACCGAAGAAAUCCAGCCCAAGGCAGCCUCGGACGUAAAUUGUUUAUUAGAAUUAAGAACAUUUGUUUCCUUGUUCUUUGGAGGCAUCGGAUUCAUGAAGCAAGGAAGAUGCAGAGUUUAUAUAUGAAAGAAAACAUA